GUAUUCAAAAGUAAUAUUUGGCAACGUAGCAAAUAGAAAUUCCAGAAUGUUGAAUUUUUUCUUGUAAUCUGCGAACCUGCGAUUUUUUUUAUGGUUCUGGUUGUCGAAACUUGAAGUUGUUGUAUUAUGCUGAGUUUUUGUAGGCACGCAUAGUGCAAUUAACGAAUCGUUACGAGGAAUUCUUGACUGAAUUAAAUUCAUACACGUGUAUUUGUACUGCGUCGUUUUUAAGUUAAUUACGUGAAUUUAGCUACAAAAAUGGUCGAAUCAAACUUGGAUAAUGGUGCAUCGCCUCAGAAAACCGAAGAGUCGGUUAACGUUGUCGGUGACGUUCCACUUGACGAGUACUGCUUGGUCGGAUGGGAUUUAGACACGACAGGACGUAAAUUACUCGACGAAAUUUGCCAUAUUGCCGGAUACACGCCGAAUAGUGAUUUCUCGCUUUAUAUCAUGCCGCACGGUGAUUUGACCAGUGUGGCUAAGAAAAGGCAUAUGAUUCGUAUCGUUACUGUUGGCUUUUAUAGGAUUAUCAAAGAUACCACUAGUAAUAAGAUGUUGAAAACCAAAAGCGAAGUGUCAGCGUUAAUUGAGUUCCUCGAUUGGCUCGAACAUGUGAACGAGGAAAGCGCCAAGAAAGGAGUACUUUUGAUUUGCCACGAAAGUUAUAAAUUUAAUCCUCAUUUACUGAUUAAGUCCUUACUGAAGUAUGAUCUGUUAGAUCGAUUCUCGAAAAUCGUCAAAGGUUUCGUCGAUUGUCACACGUUUGCCAAGGAAAAAUGUAAACAAACCAUGGUUUCGUUUUCGAUUAGAAUUCUAUCCAAAGUACUCCUAGAUAAGGAUAACGUUGAAAUACACAGAGCUAGCGAUCGCGCACAUCUGGCAUAUGACAUCGUUCAACAUUUAUGUGCCGGUGCUUCCGAAAUAGGCAGUGGUGCUGCUUCUCCUAAUUUAGAAAUCGUCAAAACUGUACUGCCUUUUACCACCGGAGUCGAAUCGGAAUUGAAAGUUUUGCAAGAACUUCAAGUCGUGUUACGUCGCCAACAUACGUUGAAACCUAUUUUCGCUCAAUUCCUCGGCUUUAAUUCGACUACUUACCAGGAAAGACGAAAUGCCUUGCAGUUGCGUAAAUGUUUAGUCGACGCAUACGUAGAUUACGAUAUGUUACAGACUGCUUGGUCUAAAGGACGAGAAGCUUUAGAAGAACUAAUCAAUGAUAAAUUGACCGGCGACGAAAUGACCGACAAAAAUAAAUCCGAGUUAGUCAAAUUACUCGUCGACCAUUUCGAAAAACCUGACGAACCUAAGAAGAAAAGCCGUUUCGGUCGCCGAAGCUCUUCCAAAGUUUCGCCCAAGAGUAACGAGAGUAACGAAAGCGAAUCUAAGGUCGGGGUCGCUGAAUGCGAGAAUAAUCCGACAGACGUUGAUUCCGAGUUGUCCAAAUUGACGAUUAAUAACGAUAUAAUCACGCCGGUGCAUAGUGAAACUAACGCUGUGAAAGUGAAUUAGUAAUCGCGGUAUUUUUUUUUUUCAUCGUAUUUUACAGACUUAUUGUUAAUGUUUAAAUUACCAUUUGUUUUUUUACAUUCUCUAAUUUUUUUUCAACUAACGCGAAGUGUUCUUUUUAUUUUCCUUUUUUUUUCCUUGUUUGUAAAUUUAUAGUUUUUAUUUCUCGAUUAUUUUCCAAUUGAGGUUGUUGAAAUUUUCAUUUUGAAAUAUUCUACUAUUCUUCAAGAAACUUUAAUUUUUUGAUUCAAGUUACUCUUAAUUUUUUUAUAUAUUAUAAAUCUCUUUAUAAAAAGUUACUUUUUUGUUGACUAUAUUAAAAUUUGAUAAAUUUA